AUGAUAAUAGCAUCCGCGACUGGCAACGUUGAAAUACUACAGAUUCUACUCGACCUCGGCUGUCUUCCUGGAGACUUUGAUGAGAGAAGACAGCCCAGUCCACUUUCCCAUGCAGCGAGAUGGGGGCACCUGGAGGCUGUAACGAUACUACUUGACCGAGGCGCGUCAGUAGCGAAGAAUGGAAAAUAUAAAAAUCUCUAUCCACUGGUACAAGCGGCCAAGCAUGGACAUGUCCACGUCAUGAAGUUCCUUCUGACACGAGGCUUCGACCUGUUCGAAGACCCAUCGUGUGGUUACACCCCUCUCCAAGCGGCGGCUUACGCAGGCCACCAUUCCAUACUCGAUAUGCUCAUUAAG